GAGGGCUGGACAAUAGCCUGUCCUUAGGCUCUCGUGGGCGGGAUGUUUCAGGGUUCACAAGGGUGGCAGGGGACCUGGUGUAUGUGCCCCCUGCAUUGCUCCACAGCAGAGAGGGACGCUAUGAACGCAGACUAGACGGAGAGUAUGGGGCAUAUUGGAUAUCGUAAAUCUCCCGGGAUUAAUGGAUGCUGGAGAGAGUUUGUUCCAGCGGCCUUCCCUGGAAUCACCCUGAUCUGGAGUACCAUGCCCUCCUUGGUGGAUUAAUGGGUCAUUUUUGUAUAACAAUUCAACCAAGAAUACAUAUUUGCAUAUUAAAGACGCAUUCAUUAGUUUUUGGAUUAGUAGAAAUUGGGUUCUCGAUCAUUCUGCACCCAUUCCAGUGGUGUUUUCAUAUGCAUCACUUCCCUUGUGGUCCGGAGUCAUGUGGAUAACCUAAACCGGAUAUGUAUUCCCGUUGGAUUAAAACUGGCCAAUCACAAAAGGAUAUUCUAUCAUUCAAUAAAGUUGUGGGUUUUCCGGUUUUGUGUGGGAUUAUGUUUUGUUUCAGGUUUUAAUAAUUAAAUGCUGGGAGACCUCUACUGUUGAUCAACUUUGUAGAGAAAUGACAGAAAUGUUGAGCAAAUUAAACACUUUUUUUGAAAAGUUUUUUUGAAAAAUUCAUUUUGUUGGUGGUUCAAAUUAUUUUUUUAUAUAUUUUUGCUCUUGAAAGAGUGAGACUGUCCAUUGGAUGUAGGGGGAAGCAUUAAACAUAAUUUAUUAGAGGUUUGGACUAUUUUUGGAUCAUACAAAUCAAUACAAUUACAUGGAAAUAUGGGGCUACCUGUCUUCUGGCAUUGGAUUACCUGCCUCCUGAAUGUGGAACUACAUCUGUCCAUCCUUGGAUACAAUUAUUCCCAGAAUCAGAACACACAUCAUCCUGUCAACAUCUUCCCAAAGAAUAAACCUACUGCCUUUAAGGGAACUGUACAUAUUCGGGAGAAUCAUUGGGUGAACUGGAUUAUUUCUGACAGGUAAACUGUUACGGUCAGAUCAUUUUUGCUUUAAUGGAUCUAGUUGGACUAUUGCUCAAUUUUGCACACAGAAUGUGGCGGACUAUUAAAGAUGAAGAUGAAAGACUUUUCCAUAAAAUCGUGUGCCAUGAUGUUCCAGACUCAUUGCUCAUGGGGUAUCAAUAGAGCACUGUUUACAGAAGCUGGACAAUUGGAUAUAAUUUCUUGAUUUGACUGGACUCUGUAGCCUAAUUUUCCAUGAUUUUAUUUUUAUCAGUUAUGUUUUAUGUAACCAUUUUUGAAAGGAUAGUUUAGUCCUAUGACUAUUUUCCACCACAUCAAAAUAUUGUUACAAUUGGAUUUGAUUUUUGGAUUAUCUGAUCGAAGCAAGUGAGGAUUCCUGCCAUACUGACGAGGAUUACUAUUUUGAACAUAAACCUCCCUAUACUGUGGAUAUAUUUUUACAUGGACUCUUUUUGGAAUUAGCACUGCAAACAUCUGCUUGGAAUAAUUUAUUAUCUUGGCUGCAAAGACUUUUGUUUGAACAUAAACCUACCAGAAUGUUUUUUAUACAUUUUUAUGCCCACCCUAUUGGUUUUUCCUUUUUUUGCUCACAAAGUUCUGUCUCCCUAGAUUGUAUUUGGAAUUGUAGGUCGGGUUACCGCUGUCUCAAAAGGACUGCUGAAAGUCGGGAUCGAGCAUAUGAUAACAAUGCCUACGGACAUCACGAGCGUGCUGGCAGUAGCUUUGACUGGCAGCGUCACUACGACUCAGACUAUUACAGAGAUACCAGGGAGAGAAUGCUUAACACUGGCUCUGGCACUGCCAGUGGAGGUGUUGGGGCUGGAUCUGCAGGGGUCGGUGGAGGAGUUGUAGGUACUUGCGUCAGUGCCUGUGGAACAGGUGAUGGGGCUGGGACUGUGGCUGGAGGAAGUGGAGGAUCUUCAUCGGUUGGUGUGGGAUAUUAUCGUUCACAUAGCCGGAGCCCGAGCCACUUUGAUACACCAGAGCCUCAAUAUGAUACUCGUGCCAGAGAACCCUUUAUACUGGGCAGCAUAGAUCUGUACCAAGAAGAGCAGGGACGACAUGGAGAUCGAUCUUACCACGACAGUCGCAGCCUGUCUCCACACUCUUCACAUUCACGUAACCUCUCUCCACAAAGGUUCGCGAGUCCAGCAUCCUGGCCUCCCCGCUCCCACAGUGGCACCGGCUCUCGCAGCCGUUCCUCCAGUUCCAACUCUGUCAGCAGCGUCAGCAGCACCAGCAGUAGCACCAGUGGCAGCAGUGAUUCCAGCAGUAGUUCGAGUGAUGAGUCCCCAGCACGUUCAGUUCAGUCUGCUGCCGUCCCUACACCUUCAGCUCUGGCUUUAUCUGCCGUUGACAAGGAUGAGCCUCGAAAAAGUUUUGGUGUCAAGGUUCAGAAUCUUCCUGUGCGUUCUACAGAUACAAGUCUGAAGGAUGGCCUGUUCCAUGAGUUCAAGAAGUAUGGGAAGGUGACUUCUGUGCAAAUCCAUGGAGCUUUAGAGGAGCGCUAUGGACUUGUGUUCUUUCGCCAGCAAGAGGACCAGGAGAAGGCCCUUGGCGCAUCGAAGGGGAAGCUGUUUUUUGGCAUGCAAAUUGAGGUCAUCAUCUGGAAUGGCCCUGGUGCGUCCACAACUGAGACUGAAAGCGAGAAUGAGUACCGGCCUCUGGAUGAGAGGAUAGACGAAUUUCACCCCAAAGCCACACGAACUCUGUUUAUUGGCAACCUGGAAAAGACCACCAGCUACCAUGACCUUCUCAAUAUCUUUCAGCGUUUUGGGGAGAUAGUGGAUAUUGACAUCAAGAAAGUUAAUGGUGCCCCUCAGUAUGCCUUUCUACAGUACUGUGACAUUGGCAGUGUUUGUAAGGCCAUAACGAAGAUGGAUGGAGAGUACCUCUGCAACAAUAGGCUAAAGCUGGGAUUUGGAAAAAGCAUGCCCACAACUUGUGUUUGGUUGGAUGGUUUAGCCUCCAACAUCACAGAGCAGUAUCUCACUCGUCAUUUCUGUCGUUAUGGACAUGUUGUCAAGGUUGUAUUUGACAGACCCAAAGGAAUGGCCCUUAUCCUGUAUAAAAACAUUGAAUAUGCACAGGCCGCUGUCAAAGAGACCAAGGGUUGGAAGAUUGGUGGCAACAAAGUUAAGGUGGACUUUGCCAAUCAGGAAAGUCAGAUGGCUUUCUAUCGCUCAAUGCAGGCAUCUGGGCAGGACAUUCGCGACUUCUAUGAAAUCCUAUCUGAAGGAAGUGAUGAACGCAGGCCUCAAUAUGAGUUUGCAAUUGAACGGCCAUUCUUUGACAACAAUGUGCGAACACCUGGAGGAGCCUUAAUAGAAGACCCCCGUCGCAAGUUACCUGCCAGGAGCCGCGAGUCCUACACUGAAUGGGACCCAUACCAGGGAGAUUUCUAUGACCCACGUUACUUUGAUGACCCGCGUGAAUACAGAGAUCACAGAGACCCCUAUGAGCAGGACAUCCGCAAAUACAGUUACUUGCAGAGGGAGCGUGAGAGGGAGCGCUUUGAAACAGACCGUGAACGUGAACAUGGGCGGAGGACAAUUGAACACAGCCAGUGCCCUUCUCACCCUAAUCGCCCUGUCAGUCCUACAGUGUCCCCCUCUCUCUCUGAGCGUCUACCAAGUGACUCUGAUCGCCGCAUUUGCUGUAGAUCCUCAGAGCAAAGUGGCAGCUGCAGUUCACUCUCACCUCCAAGAUUUGAAAAGCCUGACAAGGAACACCCUGACCGGUAUAAUAAGAGUGAUAAGCCAGAGAAGGAGAGAUCCUUUGAAGUUGAACGUGGUAUCGGCGGUGAAAAGGAAAGGCGGGCCGGGCGCAAGGAGAAGGGUGAAAAGGAGAAAGGCGAGAAGCUGAGGAAAUUUAAGUUGCUAUCUCCCAGUAUUCCAUCGCCUGAGACGGACCCUGAACUUGAAAGAGAAGGUAGUCCAGGCCUUCGAACCAAAGUCAGCAAGUUUCCUCCUAAGGAAAAAGAAGGCUCAGGCAAAGGACAGCUAGACCUACCACCUUGUGUGGUGCAGCUAACGCGUGUGAAGGAGAAGGAAGGAAAAUCGCUUGGUCAUGCUGUCCUAGAAAAACAAACACGUGGGAAUGACAGUAUUCGGCUUGAAUCACCCUCAAGUGACCAGAACAGUCCUCCCUUUCACAUAAAGCCUCAAAAAGGAGAUAUAAUCAAGCAUAGAAAGGUGCCCAAAGACAAAAACAUGGCAAGACUGGUUGAAGUUGUAGAAAAUGAUAUUAAAAUGAAAGCCAAAAUACAUAUGAAAGCUGGCCCUGGGUUUGAUGGUUCUAACUCUGUAGAUGUUGACCGUCUAGCUGCACGAAAGAGGCGUUUUGAAGAAUCCAUGCUGAAGACCGAUCGACUGAAGAGGGCCAGUCAGGAAGAAGAAGAGUGUGGUAGAUUGGGACUCAGGAAGCCAGCUGAGGAGGAGAAUGAGGGUGACAAGAGCCUAUUGCAAAUAGGGGUUCAUAAGAAAGAGCAUUGCAAGGCUAAAUCUGAGAGACUUGUUACUGUUUUCAGUCCUAAAGAUAAACAAGAGUCUGAUAUUGUCUCCAUGGGAAUGGGCCUUGGACUCAGUUUGGAACUUCAGUCACGACUUGGAGAGCCAACAGAAGAUGAAACCAAUCCAUUAGACCCACCCUGUCUGAAAAUUGAGUUUUGGGGAUCAAAAAUCCAGAGGAGUUCAAGUCUCAUGAAAAUCUCUGAUGAUGGGAGUCUUGACCAGGACGCAUUCAAGGUACAGCCGCAAGAAGACAAUGGUGGGCAGGGUGUAGGACUAUACAAAAGCAGAGGGGAGACUGAGGAACGACUUGCGUCUGACAUUGACCACUCUCAGAGCUGCCAAAAACAAAUGGAACAGAGCCAAUGGCUUUGGCAGAAGCUAGAAGAGCCUGACAAAUCAGAUAAAACUGAAAGCCCACAAGGCAGCAACACAGAGGACUUUGAACGUUGCAGUCUGUUGCAUGAGGUAGGAAAAUCACGUCAAGAUGUCACACAUGAUUCUCCAUCUAACAAACGUAAGAAAUCUGAUAGUUAUAACUUUGACUUGCUAAGUGCUAAGAGAGAACGACACUACAGGUCUUCCCAGGAAUUAAAUGAAGACCUUUGCCGGAGUGUCACAGCCUUUUCUGGCUCUGGUCACUUUCCCUCAAAUGAAGUGUAUGCUUCCCAGUUAUCACAAUCAGUUACCAAUAAAGAGACGAAAGACUCUCCUAAAAAAGAGGACAAAGUCUACUCGCAUGUAGAUUCAUUGAAAUACAGCUUGGACGUGACACCCAAUAGUCUCAGUUCCCCGAACACAGAAUUUCCUAAGUCUAAGACAACAUUGCUUGGGUGUGAUGAGGAGCUACUUCAACGAUGGGAGAGCGGAAUCAAAUCUGACUUCCUCAGAAUGGACAUGACCUUCCCCAGUAGCAUUGUGAAACGUGAAAGCAUUCGCAAACGUCUUGUGCGUGAACUAGAGCCUGGAGAAGUACAGUCAGAUUCAGAUCAUGAUGGGGAGAACAAAAAUCACUCCACUAAGCCCAACACUUCACUGUCCUCUAUCCUCAGAGAACGUGAAGAAAGGUUGACAGACCUGAAUUUCUCAGGCUCCCUGGAGAAGAAUAAGUUUUAUUCUUUUGCAUUAGACAAGACUAUAACUCCAGACACAAAAGCACUUCUUGAGCGAGCCAAGUCAUUGUCUUCCUCAAGGGAGGAUAAUUGGUCCUUUCUUGACAGAGACUCUUGCUUUGCAAGUCUUCACAGUAGAUCAGACAAAGAAAAGGCAGAGUCUGCACCACGACCUAUCCCGUCUUGGUACAUGAAGAAGAAGAAGAUUCAUACUGACUCUGAAGGUAAACUGGAUGACAAAAAGGAGGACCCCAAAGCAGAGGAUCAGCAACGGCAGGAGCUGUUUGCCUCUCGUUUUCUUCAUAGUUCAAUCUUUGAGCAAGAUUCACGGCGAUUGCAACAUCUUGAGCGCAAAGAUCCAGAUCCUAAGUCGGGAUUUGGUAGACAUCUUUCCAAACAGGAUUCUGUAGAAGGACAACCUGAGCCAGGAGGAGUGGACCUUCAAGAGCCCAUAGUGCUUUUUCAUAGCCGCUUUCUAGAGCUUCAACAACGGAAGGAGACCUCAAGGGACCACUUUCCACCAGAAAUUGAAAACGUUGAUAAGAGUGAAGGAGAAGUUCAGAAUGAACAACAAGAAGGGUCUUCCAAAGUUUCAGAGUUCAUGCAGAAGGCUGAUAUUAAAUCAGUCGGCUCUUCUCUCAUCCUACCAAUUUCAUUGUUUCUUCCUUCACCCAGAGCGAUAUUACCACAGCAGGAGAAAGAGGCUGUUUUAACUUCCUCAUCUGAACAAACUGUCUCACCGAUUAAAGAGGAAAAAGUGGAACAUAGUCGUGAUUUGUCCCCACCCCAAUCUCCUCCACUAGUAGAGAUCCAACCACCAUCCUCGAUUGUAAUCACACCCCUACGGUCUGUCCUUUCAGAGGCUGAGGUUAAAGUUGAACCUAGAGAGGAACUAUGUGAACCCACUCCUGGUGCCUCAUUAAGUUGUUUUGAUGCAGAGGCUGCCAAAUUCCCUUGCUCUGCUUCCCCCAAGAUUGAAGAGAAUAUGAACAUGGUAAAGAUGGAGGUCCAACCACGGAAACCAGAUUCUAAGGACUUUGAUAAACCUCAGAAAUCUGAAGCUUCCCAUGAGGUUCACAUGCCAGUUUCAGAGGCUGAAAUGAAACCAGCAAAGCCAAUUCGCAAACAACCCAAGAGUAAAAGGGCUAAGCCAAAUGUGUCCGAAACACAAAUCCUGAAGCCCCCCGAAACAGUUGUCUCUGAGAAACCAAUUACUCGAAAGAGUGAGCGAAUUGACAGAGAGAAAAUGAAAAGGUCUUCAUCUCCACGAGGAGAAAUAUCAUCAGAGCCUAUAACCAAGUCACCAGUUCAUGUCCUUGACCCUGAGAAUGAAUCAAGCCUAUUCCUCGGAAGGACUAGACGCCGAAAUGUUCGGUCUGUUUAUGCCACACCAUCUGAAGGGGAGGCCCAGCCACCAGGUAAAGAGGUGGUGGAGUAUUCCCGCGCCACACGUAAACGUGGUGUUGACAAAGAACCAGUGCAGCAGCUGCAGCAGGACACAUUGAACACAUCUACUAACACAAGGCGAGGUCGCCCAUCCAAGUCACGCAGGCGAGGGGAAGAUGUGUCACCAGUGAAAGGAGACUCACAGAAAGCAACCGAGGAAGACAUUGAUAUCAAAGAGCCUUUGAACACUGGAGAGGGUUUAAGAAUGUCUGAGGGGUGGCAUUCACCCCGUAUGCAGAAAGUGCAGACCGCUCAAGUGUCUUCACCUACUGGAACCUCUGUUGGCAGGAGAGCAAGUAGAGUAGACAAACAAUCUGAGAGUGCACCAUCAACAGGAGAGAAGUCGGGUGAUAAUACUGAAGAGCCUGAGCCCAAAAUAAAAGAUGAGUCUGAAGAAGCAGGGACAUUAGUAGAGGAAGCAAAGCAAUGCUUGCCAACACAAAAAGACAAAGAUCUAACUGAUCAAAUUGCAAAAAGGUUAUCUGAAGGGGACAUUGAGAGGAUAGAAUCUACCAAUGUAGAGAAAAGACAAAAAUCUGAAAAGAGUGGGAAAGUAAAAGCACCAAGGUUGACACAAAAUGCCAAAUUGGUGACAGAGGAUAAAUCGCAUUGCUUGAGAAACUUUGAGAUUCGUGUAAGCGUAGAUGAUGUGAAAGGGUUGCUUUGCUCUGGGGAGGAUGAGUCUGAAUCUUUUGAGACCACUGUUAAAAAGGCCAAACCAGGAACACCAGAUAAAGAAGAAACAAGGACUCAGUAUCUGAAAGAAGCAGCAGAACUCAGCCCAGAGGAAAAGGAAGUUCUAUUAGACCCUGAACCACCGGUGGACCCAGCAGCCGCUCUUUUGGCACGUCAGAUGGAACUGGAACGGGCAGUGGAGAAUAUUGCCAAACUUACAGUUGAGAAACCUAUUCAACCCUAUAAGGAACCACCUGCAGAGCCACGUACCCUACUGCCCCCUGUCACUGUAGAAACGGAGGGGGAGAAGUCUGCUAAUCCUGCCAGUGAAACCGAACUGGCUGCUGCCAUUGAUUCCAUUACUGCUGAAGACAUACCUACUGAUACAGAUGGGUUCACAGCUCCUCCCACUUACACUGCACUUGUUCCUACCCCAGAGCCCCUGGUCUCCCCCUCUGCCGAUUAUGUUUUGGAACCAGAAAAACACGUUAUUGACCCAGACCCAGAGAUGGGAGUUCUGAUUCCCAGUGUCAAGCCCUUGAUGCCAGAUGAUAAAGCCUCUGAAUCAUCUGUUUCUGGGGCCUCUGCCCAAGAUGAUUCCCCUUCACCAGAAGCACCCAAGAAAACAGGGAAAGCAGUCAGAGCUAAGACUCCAAAGAGGUCCAGGGGACGAAAGGCUUGUAUCAACAGGAAGGGAGAGACUGCUGAAGAUGUACCAGAAGCUGAAACCUCCCCUAUCAAGCCAACAGAGUCCAUUCCUGAAGACAUGGAAAUAAUCAACUCUAAGGCAGCUACUGCUACAGCAACAGUGGAUGUCACAUGCACCAUGACCGUGGACACCCCUAAGGAGGCAGAACAACCUGCUGUGGAACAACCCGUACCUGAAGAAUCUGCCUUUCACGCUAGCACCAAGAGUCCUCCUCAUUUCAAAACGUUACAACUAUCAGCUGAAGCCCCUGCUCUUUCUUCAUCCCUUGCGCUCAAACCAUAUCCAACCCAAUUGAAUGUCCCUCCACCCUGCCCCGGCACAAUGCCUGUUUCACCAGACUGGCUUCCCAGAUCUGAAGAAGGUAAAAUUCAUACUACUCCUGCAAUUCAAGUUAAUGUAGUCACUCCCUCUGCACAAGCAGUAACUGCACUUGGGAACCAGUCAGCAAAUCCACCCAUGCCUCCUGAUACUAAGGCAUCGGAUAUUGACCCUAGCUCCAGCACUCUAAGAAAGAUCCUCAUGGAGCCGAAAUAUGUAUCAGCAUCAAACAGCAAUGCCAUCCCAACUACAGUCUUAACGACAAUGCUGACAGACAUUCGCAUGUCAGAGAAUGAGAACUCGUCUGACACAAUGACCGCUUGGAACAAGCAUCUUAAAGACAGAACCUCGCCUUUGAUACCACAUCCCACUUUUCAAAAACCUUCCCCGCUCACAGAGACCCAGCAGAACUUUGGAGAGAAGAUAGUCCAUUCAGUAAUUUCUUCGCCUACUACCUCUGUCAUCAGCCGGAUUCCAAUGCCCUAUGAUACUGAGGAAGCACCUCGAAUCUCCCUAAGUAACCGUAAUGCUGGCCUAUCUUUACCCAAACAGAAAUUCGGAUCAAGUAUGAACGAGAACAAUCGUUACCAUGGAGUGGAUGCGGCAGAGGAUUUGAACAGCAGAGGAUGGUCUGUAGUUGAGAGCACACCCUACAACACAGACUCCAGUCCUGGCCUCAGGGUGAAUACAUCACAGGGUGUGGUAGUACUAAGUUACUCAGGGCAAAAAACAGAGGGACCUCAACGGAUCAGCGCCAAAAUUAGCCAGAUCCCACCAGCCAGUGCAGUUGACAUAGAGUUCCAGCAGUCUGUCUCUAAAUCUCAGAUUAAGCAAGAACCGCUUACCCCAUCCCAGCCUUCCACCCCCAAGGGACCCCUGACACCCACAGGGUACGGACACCCUGGGGUACUCUUAACUGGCCAGUCAUACAAUUUUCAGCCUGUCAUCUCCACUAUUAAGCAGGAGAGUCCUGGUUCUGACAAGUCAGAGUCGUCAUAUCACACUGGACUUCAGGGUAGCACAGUAAUGAUGAUUCAACCAAAGAUGAUUCAACAACCGGCCACAAGUCCUCAAGUAUUGAUUUACAAGAAAGGGCUUGGAGUAGAAUCUAUACCAAUGCUGGCGGAUAUGGCAAAGGCACACCAGACAUCCAACCUCAGUCCAAUCAUGAAUCCACAUCACCCAUCUUUGACUGGAAACCGUAUGAGUCCUAGUCCCAGUACCCCAACUGAUCAGUCAGUCCCACACCUCAAGCAAGAGCCCUAUUCCCCUAGAACAACAGGCCACUCACCUUUUGCCAAAGUUUGCCCUCCCAGCAACUCAAUGUCCCCCCAUGGCAGCUCUAUGGUUUUGCAUCCUGGUAUGCCUGAGAUGUCUCUGUACAUCUCCAGUAUGCACCACCCCCACCCAGAGCAGUCUGUUAUCAUGACCCCAGUGUCGCAUAGCGUCACCCAGUCAGUGUCUAUGGGUCGCCUCUCUCACGGCGAGAUCAGGAUCAACACCCCACACCUUUCUGGAAUGAAUUACGGAAGAAGGGCGGAUUUCCUACCAUCUUCCCACACUGGGCCCCCUCAGCGCUCCAACAUGCCAGCCGUGAUCAGAGACAUGGUGGUGCAGUCCCACGUGGGCCCCACUCGGGGAGCCUCAGACUGCAGCGUCGAGGAGGACAUAAGGCACUACCACCAGGGGCUGUGCAGAUCCUCUACACCCCAGCUCCAGUCAGAUGUGAUGAUGAUGCAGGCAGAGAAACGGAGAGGGCUGCAUCACGCAGGUCUACGUCUGGACCAGUACAGCAUGGCCUCCCGAGACAUCAGAGACAUACGGGACAUGCGCAUCCUGAUGCACCAUCAGCUAGGAGAGCACACCAUCGCAGAGGGACGUCAGUCACGAACUCCUGAGGCAGGAGCAACCUCAAUUACCAACAUCUCUGCUGCUUCCAAUAGUCCCUUGGUUGGAAAAGGCAUGACACAGAUGGGAAAGGAGACUCCCAAACCAUUGGAAGCAAAUAUGUCUCACCCACCUCAUACCGAGAGCAGCAGGAUCAUGGGGGUCCAUUCAUCCGUCCCUGUUAUGGUAUCUCCUCAUCAUCAUCCUCAAGGGGUUCAGCUGAUUCAUCCAGGCGGCGCUGGCUCCUUCCCAGUGUACAGAGAUAUGCGGGGCUUCCACUCCCAGUUUUCCAGUCACUCUUCGAUGGGAUUUAACCUGGCUUCCCGCGGCAUCACACCUUCCCAGAAUGCUGAUCUCAGCCACAGGGGAAUGCUGUCUCAGUCACUAUCUGCUGGGUCACUUGGUGGAGGAUGUGAAACCAAAUCUGACAACUCCCACCUCCAUCACACAACCUCCAUGGACCUAUCUCACAUGCCCCGGAUACAGAGGGACACCAUUUCACCCUCUUAUACAUCUCCCAUGGCUCUCUCCCACAAGCAAGAGCUAGUUCUGCAGAAGGGCCCACCAGUCUUCAUGUCGAGCCCUCCAGCAGCACCCCUCUCAAGUUCCUCUGAGUUGCGCCCUGAGGGUAAACUGGGGCACUCAGGAUACCGGUCCGUCGAUAUGGUGCAGCUUUUAACGACAUACCCCAUAGUGUGGCAAGGCCUGCUGGCACUGAAGAGUGACUCAGUUGCCGUGCAGCUCCACUUUGUCUCUGGCAACAAUGUGCUGGCUCACCACUCACUGCCACCCCUGGAGGGAGGUGCCCCACUCCGCAUUGCACAGAGGAUGAGACUGGAAGCGUCCCAGCUGGAGGGCGUGGCUCGCAGGAUGAUGGUGGAGAAUGACUACUGCCUCUUGCUAGCUCUGCCAUGUGGACGAGAUCAGGAGGACGUUCACAGCCAGACCCUUCUCUUGAAAGGAGGCUUCAUCACCUACCUACAGAAAAAACAGGCAGCUGGGAUCAUCAACGUCCCCAACCCCGGCUCUAAUCAGCCGGCAUAUGUGGUGCAGAUUUUCCCACCGUGUGAGUUCUCAGAGAGCCACCUGUGCCGGCUUGCCCCCGACCUUCUCAACAGUAUCUCCAGCAUCUCCCCUCACCUCAUGAUUGUCAUUGCCUCCGUGUAAUACCUCUCCAUAAAAAAACUAUAUUUUCUUGAACCCACCAGAACCAAGCCAACACCAGCCUUUUAGGACUUUCAUCCAGUUUAGAAAACUGGAAAUGCCUCAGUUUGGAUGGGUUUAACCAUUUUUUGUUUUAAAAAUAUGUUUUUCUCUUCACCGAGUCCUUAAAUCAUCCUACCACCUCUGAUUCCACAAAUCUCUGCCUUUACUGAGAGCAUACGGAAGGGUGGAUUAGGAGUUUUGAUGAUCAAUUCUAUGAUCAUCCAUUUCGCUUUUGCCAUUGUUGAAGGUUAACUGGAUUGCGUCUUGAUUUUCUAAGUAUUGAAGGGGACAAGGGAACUAAAUUAGAAGGAUGGCUAAGGGAUGUUUUUACUCUUAUCUAAAUCAUGUUUGAUUAUUUUUAUUUUUUGUGUAAUGACUGGUCGGAAUUGUUUUCUAUAUUGAGAAAACAAAAUCAAUAAGUAAAUCAAAAACAUGAUAUUUUUACAGAUUGAGAAAAAAAGGACACAUAUAAUAGACAUGCUCCAGUGACCAAUCUUUUGUACUGCUUUUAUUCUUCUAUCAUCUGCCAAUUUAAUUUCCUUCUACUUCAUUUCCAGUCAGCUUUCCUCAAUGUUCCCCAGGAAGCUAUAUGGGAACUUUGAGUUGUACAUGCCUCAACACAGGACUAAAUAUAUAUUUAAAGAAUAUAGAAUUUUUAUUUGCCUCCUUUUCAAGUCUAAUGUUUAAAGAUUAAAAAGAUUUAGGGAGACCAAGUGGAUUACAUGACAGAUUAUCACUUUUAAAAUUUUAGGGAGGGGGGUGGCAACUGACAAGGAUCCCAACAAAACUCAGUUCAGUGACAUUUAUGAACCCUUGUUUUUAGAAUCGAUUAUGUGCCAAAAUGUAUUUUUCAAAGGAAAAAUCACCACAAUGUAUCUAAAUAAUCUGAACCUAUUUUCAUACUUGAAUUUGUAUUCGUCACUCAGAUCUACUGUAAUAGCCUCUGGUUUUGAUUAUAUUUUCUUCAUCAGCCCAACCUGUUACAGCCUACUGCUACUCCAUUGUGAAAUCAUGUCCUCAUUUCCAUUCAGUACCAUUAACAGUUUUAUUUGAUGUUGAAUUGUGGAUACAGUUUAGCAAACUAGUAAACAUAGUCCUUCUCUCUCCUUGUGUCCUCCACUGCCCCCUACUGUUCCCCUGAAAAUACUCCUGGAUACCAAUAUGUGUUCCCAAAGUCAAAAAGCAAAUUACUAAAUGACAGCUGUAGCAUGCUUAACUUGAAGAAGUAAAGGGGAAACCAAUCCAUGAGGCAACAAAUGUGACUUAAACUUUAAACAAUGCCAGGAAUGGAUGUGUAAACUGUCCAUCUCUCUUUCCUUUCUCUGAACUAGUGUCUCCCUGAGCCAAUGCUGUAAAUACUCAUGUUCCCAAUCUGUGCUCUUGUGUACUUUCCCGUAUUACUGUCUCCGUUCAGGGUCCUCAUAUUUUGAUUUGUGUGACAAAACAAGGCAGUCUGAAAGAGACGCAGCUAGUUGUGAACCGAUGCAGAAAGUAAACCAUGAUUCUCAGUUUUUGUGCUGUAAAUAUUUAAAUUACUGCAGGCUGAAUACUCUCAUGGUAAUGUUGAAGGCACUUAAUUUUGAUACACAAAUGACAACUAAAUACAACAAAAAAAUCUUAGACUGUCUUUUGAUCAAAUCUUAUUUCAUAACUUGUGUAUUUUGCUGUUCCUCUAUGAGGACAUUUUAAACUGUAAAAUGGUUGUUUAACAUACUUACAGAUCAUUAAAUGGUCUGUCACUCUCGA